GCGGCGCAGCUGGAGGCGGAGGGCGAGGGAGUGCGCGCCGAGCUAGCCGCGGCGCGGGUGGAGCUCGAGGCGGCGGCGGCGGGGCGGGCGAGAGCGGAGGAGGAGCGUGAGGCGUUGCGCGCUCAGCUGUCCGCGGGGGUGAGCGCGGCGACCGACCAGCUGCAGGCGGCGACACGCGACGCGGCCGCGCGGCUACUCGCGACAGAGGAACGAGAGCGGCGCCUCAAGGCGGAGCUGGAGGCGCGGGAGGCGGAGGCGGCGGAGCAGGCAGAGGCGGCGGGUGCGCGGGAGGAGCGACUCGCCGCCACGAGCGCGGGGCGCGACGCGGCGGAGGCGGCACUAGCCAAGCUCAAGGGGGAGCAUGGCGGGCUGCGGCGGCUGCUCCUCGAGGCCGAGGACGGCGCGAGCCGGCGGGAGCAGGUCCUGAAGAAGGAGGCCGACGAGCUGCGAGGCGAGCUGCGCGCUGCGAGGGAUGCGACGAGCGCGCAGGUGGGGAGUGCGAGCGAGGCUGCGGCCCGAGCAGCGGACGCUGAGGCUGCGCUCUCCGCCGCAGAGGCGCAGCUGGCCGAGCAGCGCGCGGCACUCGCCAACCUCAACGCGCUGCUCGAGGGAGAGAUGAUGGCGCCCGACGGCGGCGGCGAGCGGGGGGGCGAGGCGGAGGAGCUGAGGGUUGGUGGGCGGCUCCUCUCACAGGAGCUCGCUGCUCUCGAAGAGAGCGCGGGCGCCGCCGCCGUCGAGCUGGCCACGGCGCGCGAGGCGCUGGGGGAGGUGCCUCUGCUGCGCGCUGCGCUCGCGAGUGCAGUGCUUGAGCGCGAUGUGCUGCAGCAGCGGUCGGCAGCGGCGUCGGCGACGCGCCAGAGCGACGGCGCGGCGGCCGGCGAGGCGGGCGAGGCCGGCGAGGCGGAGCGCGUGCUGAUGGCGCAGCUGCUCGUGCGGAUGGUGUCGCAGGGCGGCUCUGGCGGCGAGCUGGGCGUGCUCGCCUCAAUGCUGGGCUGCUCGCCAGAGCAGCGCGAGGAGCUCGGCCUCGUGCGCGGCGCGGCGCCGCGCGCGUCGGAGGUGGGCGACGCGUGGGUCCGUUUCCUCGAGAUUGAGAGCUCGCGGUGAGCUGAGGGGGCGGCGAACCCCUGGGGCGCUACACUAAAAGCACGCGCAGUGGCCAGUGCAUGGAGCAGGGCUCAACAGACAACACCUCAAAGAAUGCGUCGCGGUGACCGGUGUGGCGAGAGCGUCUCUCUGUAGUAAUUGCCGUUAUUUCCCC